ACAGAUUGUACAUAGAAAAAAAAAAGUAGAAAAAAGAAGCUGGGAAUCGAAAGUAUGUGUCUGCUGAGAAGUGUCUGUUCAAGAAUGUUCCUUUUGAAAAAAUUGUUUUAACUUAGCGAACAUUUCAUUGCUAAUCCAUCUAAAAAACCAAAUUUUAAUUAUCAUUUUAAUUUCCGAUCAUCCGUAUAAUCAGGAUGCCUUAUACAUCAGCAGAGGGUGUAACAUUAAGGAAAUUAAGAAAGAGACCUAGACCUGCUCAUCACAAGUAUAACUUGAGGUCAAAAUCCAGAACAAGGCCUAAAGUCUGUAAAGUUUGUGGAUCAACAAGCGUUGUCAAACGUGGACUCUGCAAAAAUGAACAAAGGAAAUCUACUCCAAGAAAAUCUGGUGUCCCUCGUCGCAAGAAAUCUGAGUGUUCCACACCUUGUGUAAUUUGUUUGGAUACUGAAAAGGCAAAGCGAACUAAGAAAGUCAAAUGUGGCCAUGAGUUUCAUGUUAAAUGCAUAAAUAACUGGUUGAAGUGUUCAGACUCUUGUCCUGUUUGCAGAUUUCAAUUAAGGCGGCCUUGCUUGAAUUUAGUUCGUAGAUUGACCUUAAGAGUAUCUCCCUACUUACAGUUUCAUUUUUAUUGAUGAUGUUCUUCCUGUCAUAAACUCUGUAUGUUGGUGUUUUUCUGUUAAAUAUUGUCUACAAAUUUUAUAUAGUUUAUAUUUCUUUUGUUAAUUUCAGGUUAUAUAUUGGUUAUAAAUUUCCAUACAAAUCUUUUAUUUUUUCCCUUUUUUGUUCUUUGGUUACAGUAAAUUUGUUGCAUUUUGCAACAAAUUUGUAUUUCCUAGUUUCAGUAUUUUUAUUUGCCUAGUCUGUUGAUAGCUUCUUUUUGUCAUUUUGAUUUCAGUU